GUGCGUGUCCGUGAGCUGCGGAUUGACUUCACUCUUCGUCAAGAUGGCCUGGUACAGGAGCCCGAAUCCUACGUCUGAGGCUGUCACGCUCCUCUUGGCGUUCUUCGACCGCAUUCUCUGGUCCGUAUUCAUUGUAUGGAUCACACUAGCGUGUGCUUCAGGUCGAGGCGGAUUCAUUGGCAGGUUCCUGUCCUGGAACGCCUUCGUGCCAUUGAGCAAGCUUUCGUUCAACGUCUACCUGAUCCACUUGCCGUUCAUUCACCUCAUGAUGCACGCGUCCAGGGAAAGAGUGCUGUGGUCCCACUUCAACUUGGUGACUCUGUGGUUUGCUGUGCUAGUUUGGAGCUUCCUCUUGUCUUACCUGGUGUUCCUCGCUUGCGAAGCGCCAACAACAAAGCUGAAUAGCCUAGUCUUCAGCAGAAUCAUCGGAAGAAGAGAUGCUCGAAAGCAGAAGCAGCCGGAUCAGUCUGCCUGAAGCAUCGUCAGUCAGCGAUGAAAACGGAAAGCGGUGUUUCGAGCCGAAACUGGACAGUGCCACCAUGUAGAAACAAUGAGAGGAAUGCCCAUCCAAUAUCGAAUGCUGUGCAGGAACUUCGCUUGGGCUGUGGUUGGGUGGGGAACGUGAAACUGUCGGAAGAACUUUAAAGAAAAGUUUAGUAUAUAAAAUAUCUUGGUACACCUAGCGUCUCCAGUGGUCCACGAAGCUCCUUGUUUAAGCAUCUUAUUUUUUG